UUAUCCAUUCCUACUUUUUUUAUGCCAAUGUUGGUGACUGGAGGUAACUCUUUUCAAUUAUUCUUGGGAUGGGAGGGAGUAGGUCUUGCUUCAUAUUUGUUAAUUCAUUUCUGGUUUACACGACUUGAGGCAGAUAAAGCAGCUAUAAAAUCUAUGCUUGUCAAUCGAGUAGGUGAUUUUGGAUUAGCUCCUGGGAUUUUGGGUUGUUUUACUCUAUUUCAAACAGUAGACUUUUCCACCAUUUUUGCUCGUGCUAGUGCCCCCAGAAAUUCUUGGAUUUCUUGCAAUAUGAGAUUGAAUGCCAUAACUCUUAUUUGUAUUUUACUUUUUAUUGGUGCUGUUGGAAAAUCUGCACAGAUAGGAUCGCAUACUUGGUCACCUGAUGCUAUGGAGGGUAACACUCCAGUAUCCGCUUUGAUUCAUGCAGCUACUAUGGUAACAGCUGGCGUUUUCAUGAUAGCAAGGUGCUCCCCUUUAUUUGAAUACCCACCUACAGCUUUGAUUGUUAUUACUUUUGCAGGAGCUAUGACGUCAUUCCUUGCGGCAACCACUAGAAUAUUACAGAAUGAUCUAAAGAGGGUCAUAGCUUAUUCAACUUGCAGUCAAUUAGGCUAUAUGAUCUUUGCUUGCGGCAUCUCUAACUAUUCGGUUAGCGUCUUUCACUUAAUGAAUCACACCUUUUUCAAAGCAUUACUAUUCCUGAGUGCAGGUUCGGUGAUUCAUGCCAUGUCGGAUGAGCAAGAUAUGCGGAAGAUGGGGGGGCUUGCCUCCUCGUUCCCUUUUACCUAUGCCAUGAUGCUCAUGGGCAGCUUAUCUCUAAUUGGAUUUCCUUUUCUAACUGGAUUUUAUUCCAAAGAUAUGAUCUUAGAGCUCGCUUACACUAAGUAUACCAUCAGUGGGAACUUUGCUUUCUGGAUGGGAAAUGUCUCUGUCCUUUUCACUUCUUAUUACUCCUUUCGUUCACUUUUUCUAACAUUUCUAGUACCAACUAAUUCAUUCGGGCGAGACAUCUUACGAUGUCAUGAUGCGCCCAUUCCAAUGGCCAUUCCUUUAAUACUUCUGGCUCUCGGGAGUCUCUUUGUAGGAUACUUGGCCAAAGUGUGACCUGUUAGCCCAUAAGUAAGUACUGUGACGAAGCGGCUGUUGCUCACCCGACAUGAUCAUACGAGGUCACAAUUCACCCAACACGAUUAUCUGGGGUGAACAAGAAUUGGGGAUCGGAUGCGGGCGAAAUUCCCGCCAAUGGCUGAGAUGUUCAGUCGACUCCCUCCCCCUUUGUGGGGGUCCCAACCCCUACGAGUGAGCAGAAAAGGAAGGAGGAAAGAGGCCCUGGUGAACCGUCAUAAUUAGUGAACAAGUGUAAGCUUCGCUGCCCGACAGUAUGGAGUACUGACCACACCGAGGGACAGGCCCUGAAGCGAAGGACGGGAACGAGCGAAAUCAAUGUGUUCCAAUUUAUGGCCUUGCACCGACCAUCCAAUGAACCAUGGACUAAACGGCCACUGCCUGAAAGGACUAUGUCCAGGGGACCGCCGCCCCUCCCCCCCCCACAAGGUACAUCUCGCGCCUAUGGGCCGCUAUAACUAUCCAAGAAGACACUCGAAACUGGAAGGAUAAACAAACCCACCCGAUGGACUGCCGAGCUACAAGUCCUACAACACAGGAGCGGGAUUCUCUAAAAAGCCAAGGUCGUGGGUGGACAAGAGGGCCCACUUGGAGACUUAGGAUCUCAGCAGGAAAUGCGAAGGUUGCAACAAGCCGGCCGGCCAAAGAGAAUCAACUAGUUUAGUUCUGAUCUGAGUAGGCUCAUAAUAGGGAAUACCCUAACCCUGGGAAC